CCAGUCCUUGCGUCAUCAAACAUCGCCUGUUUUCUCGGUGACGUAGCUCGCAGCCGCCGGGAGGAGAAGUUUUGAAAAUAAACGUGAUACUUUUUUUAUUUUCUGAAACGUUUCAUGCCCGCGUCGUUUCGUUUAAAACUUCCCCGCUAAUCUGUAGUCAGCAUAACUUCUUGAAGUGAGAAACACGAGGAAGGAGAAGAAGGAGCUUUUCUCUCCAGGCAGCGAUGUCUUCCCAAGAAGAAGAACCGCCGUCUGACAUAUCGGCUGUGCUGUCGUCUGCCUUGGCCUUGUCGUCCGCCUUAGCGUCUGCCGUGUCGGCUGCCAUGGCGGUCGCCAUGCCCGUAGAUGCUAAGGCGGAUCUUGCCGCGCUGCUUGACGAAUGGGAAGUAGCACAACAGGGCACCACAGAGCAACUGGUGUCCAUCCUAACAAAAAUAUCUGAGCUGAUUGAACGGGAGACAGAAGAGUAUCACAAAGCAGACCCUGAUCCGUUUGAUGACCGCCAUCCAGGACGAGCUGACCCGGACUGUAUGCUGGGGCAACUCCUGAAGAUGCUCUUUAUGAAUGAUGACUUCACUAAUGCGCUGAUGGACACAUAUAUAAUGACCAGCAGAGAGCUGAGCCUCAACACAGCCGCCUGCCGUCUGCUUCAGAACAUCAUGCCGGGCCUGGAGACCGCCGUCGUCUUCCAAGAGAAGGAAGGUCUGGUUGAGAAGUUGUUCACCUGGGCUCGUGAAGCAGAGCGGCCGCUGUGCGUCUACGCUACGGGCCUGCUGGCAAGAGCCAUGAGCAACCAGGAAGUGGCGGUCAGCUACAGAGAGGAGAACGCUCAGCUGGUGCCAAUCAUGAUUCUGCGCCUGCGUGAGCUGCAAACUGAAGAGGCCAAGAGUCAUAUCAGUCCUGCCAAGAUGCCACAGAAUCUACCUCAGGACUCUCAGGUUGAAGCCACCCAAACCUCAAGCAUCUCAACAGACCAGCAGGACAAGACGGAGGGGGAAGACUUGGGAGAGGAUGGAGAGAGAAAAGAGAGAGACGGAGAGGGCAGCAGGUCAGCGUCAAAGCCUAAUUCCAAAUCUUUGCCACGGCUCUGCUCGGCCCAGAAAAACGGUGGACCCAGCCCCACGCGGCUGCUUCCAGACUUUGUUUACCAAGCGAGGUCGGCCCCAAGCCCUGCUCCCAGGGAAACGGAGGACAGACAGGACGGAAGAGGAGGAGGAGGACUAGGGAAGAGACGGGCAGCAAUGGAGAACGGGAGGAAGGCCAAGCAGAAACUCAAUUUCACCUCCUCCUCCUACAGGAACGAGGAGGAGGCGGAGAGAAACGAUUCCAGCGAGCAGCCGGCCAGCAGCGCCUCCUGGUCCGAGAUGAGCUCCAUGGUGAUCGGCUCCGAGUACUGCCUUUCACCGCUGAGCCCGGCCAUGGAGCAGAGGCUCAUCCUGCAGUAUCUGACGCCGCUCGGAGAUUACCAGGAGUUGCUCGCCGUCUUCAUGCAGCUGGACACCCGGUCGUUGCUGAUGAACUACAUAGACCUCAGGCAGACCAAAAAUGUCCAGCUCACCUUUGAUGCCCUCCUGUAUCUGGCCUCGCUGCUCCUCCACAAGAAGUUUGCAGCAGAGUUCAUCACCCACGGAGGAGUGCAGAAACUUCUGGAGAUCCCGCGGCCUUCUAUGGCAGCGACUGGAGUUUCUCUCUGCUUGUACUACCUGGCAUACAAUCAAGAUGCUAUGGAGAGGGUGUGCACGCUCCCAGACGGCGUGCUAUCAGACAUGGUGUCCUACGCUCUGUGGCUGCUGGAGUCGUCCCACGCUUCAGGCGUCUGCCACGCCACCAUGUUCUUCUCCAUCUCUUUCUCCUUCCGAGCGGUGCUGCAGCUAUUCGACCAUCAGGAUGGCCUGCGCAGGCUUGUCAACUUGGUCAGUACUUUGCAGAUCCUUAACACAGGGAACGAGGUGUCCAUAAUGAGUGAUGACCAGGUGUUCGCCAACCGACAGACAGCCAAACAUACCUGCAUGGCCCUGCGCAGGUACUUUGAGGCUCACCUGGCAGUGAAGGCUGAACAGGUCAAACAGUCUCUGCACACAUCAGACGAAGGUACCAUUGUUCCCCAGCAGCCAUUUUAUAAGGCAUAUACGUACACCAGAGAGCAGACUAUUGAGAUGAUGGAGUUUCUCAUCGAGUGUGGACCUCCUCAGCUCUACUGGGAACCAGUAGAGGUUUUCUACAAACUGUCCUGCGUUCCUUUAAUGCUGCAGCUCAUAUCUGCAGCCUGUGACUGGAGGACUUACUAUGGCAGGAGUGACACAGUGCGUUAUGCCUUGGACAUCCUGGCCAUCCUGAUGGUGGUUCCCAAGGUCCAGUUGGUGCUGGCGGACACGGUAGAAGUUCACGAUGAAACCAGGUCGGCUGUCUCCACUGUGGGUAUGAGCAUCAUUCUGGGUGUCGUCGAGGGCGAGGUGUUUGUCAAUGAUGCUGAGAUCCAGAAGUCUUCACUUCAAGUGAUAAUAAACUGUGUGUGCGCUCCAGACCAGAGCCUGAACACUGUGGGUGCUUUUGCUGUCGCCCCCCUCAGGCCGACCCUCCACCCCCAGCAGCCGCCCGCUCCCCACAAUAGAGUGCUGGCCCACAUGUGGCAAAUGGUGCAGAACAACAAUGGUAUAAAGGUGCUUCUGUCUCUGUUGACGGUCAAGAUGCCCAUCACAGAUGCAGACCUGAUCCGUGCUCUGGCCUGCAAGGCUCUGGUUGGACUCUCUCGCAGCUCAGCGAUCAGACAGAUCAUCAGCAAACUGCCGCUCUUCACCAGCAGCCACAUUCAACAGCUGAUGAAGGAACCAGUGCUGCAGGACAAACGAAGCGAGCACGUCCGUUUCUGCCGAUAUGCCGCCGAGCUGACCGAGCGAGUGUCGGGCAAGCCUCUCCUCAUGGGCACCGACGUCUCACUGGCUCGUCUGCAGAGGGCUAACGUGGUCGCCCAGUCACGGAUCACCUUCUCUGAGAGGGAACUCUUCAUGCUGAUCAGAAACCACCUCGUGGCUAAAGGGCUCCACGACACGGCCAACACGCUCAUUAAAGAGGCAAAUUUGUCCUUAGGAUCCCUCUGUCCGAACUCUUCAUGCUGUGUCACACCUCCCCCCUGCUCCUCUUCCCCAAUGAUUCCCAGGACUUGCCGGUUAGCUGGCGGGAUCGCAGCUCGCAUUUCCGGCCAUGUUGGAACUUCUCCUUUGUCCUCGGUUGCUGUAGCCUCCUCCUCCUCCUCCUCCACUACUCCCUCUUCCUCUCGUUCCCUCGUCAUUCCUCACCCCUUAUGCUCCGCUUCGUCUAACUGCACUCAGCCUCCUCCUCCUGCUCCUCAUCCUGCAUCUCACGGGCAGAGCACACAUCUGGUUGGCCGGAUUUUGUUCACACGGGAACGCCCGGUGGCCCAUUGCAACUCAGGAAAAAAACUUCGCUCACUGAAACAGAAGUCUGACCACGGUGCUUUCAUACAGACUCCAGCCAUGAAGAAGCAGCUGGAGCGCCACCUUCCUUCCCCUCCAACCCUCGACAGCAUCAUCACCGAGUACCUGAGGGAACAACACGCCCGCUGCCCCAACCCUGUCACCACCUGCCCCCCCUUUUCCCUUUUCACCCCCCACCGCUGCCCCGAGCCCAAGCAGAGGCGACAGGCAUCGCCCAACUUCACCGCUCGCCUGGGGAGCAGAGUGCUGUACCCAAAAUAUGGAGGUGUGGACAGAGGGUGUCUGGAUAGACAUCUGAUAUUCAGCAGGUUUCGUCCGAUGUCAGUUUUCCACGAGGGCGACGGAGACGAGAGCGGUUUCACCUGUUGUGCCUUUUCAGCCCGCGAGCGUUUCCUGAUGCUGGGAACCUGUUCUGGUCACCUCAAAUUCUACAAUGUCUUCUCUGGGGAAGAGGAGGCCAACUACACCUGCCACUCAUCGGCCAUCACAAACCUUGAACCUUCCAGGGAUGGGAAAUUGCUACUCACCUCUGCUUCUUGGAGUGUCCCCUUAUCUGCUCUCUGGAGUAUGGAUGGUGUCUUCAGCUUGAAGAACUCAUUUGUAAACGACCACUACGUCGAGUUCAGUAAACACUCUCAGGACAGAGUCAUCGGCACCGAGGACCAAGUCGCACACAUUUACGAUAUCCAGACGGGUCAGAAGACUCUGACCUUGAACGACCCCGCCCUGGCCAAUAAUUACAAGAGGAACUGUGCCACCUUCAACCCCACUGACGACCUGGUGCUAAAUGACGGAGUGCUGUGGGACGUGAGGGCGUCACAGGCCAUCCAUAAGUUUGACAAGUUCAACAUGAACAUCAGCGGCGUCUUCCAUCCGAACGGCCUGGAGGUCAUCAUCAACACUGAGGUGUGGGACCUGAGGACCUUCCACCUCCUGCAUACCGUCCCUGCCCUGGACCAGUGCAGACUGGUCUUCAACAGCAACGCCACCAUCAUGUAUGGAGCAAUGCUGCAGGCCGAUGAUGAGGAUGACGCUAUGGACCAGCAGAUGAAGAGUCCCUUCGGUUCAUCCUUCAGAACCUUCGAUGCUACGGACUACAAGCCCAUUACCACAGUGGACGUAAAGAGGAACAUCUUUGACCUGUGCACCGACACCAAAGACUGCUACCUGGCUGUCAUUGAGAACCAGGACACAGUGAGCUUGGACACGGUGUGUCGUCUGUACGAGGUUGGACGACAGAAACUGGCAGAAGAGGGAGACGAUGAUGAUCAGGAUGAGGACCAGGACGAUGAUGAUUCCUCAGACUCAGAUGAUGAUGACGAUGAUGACGAUGAUGAUAUGGACACAGAUCCGCUCUUAGAGGAACUGGCCAAUAACGACGACCCGGAAAAUGAAAGCGGACAAAACACUCCCACGGAAGAAGAGAUUGCAGAUCUUCUCGGCAGCAACAGCGAUGAUGCAAACACUGAAGAUGACUCAGCAGACACAGACCAUUCAUACAGAAGUGAUGGUGGAACUGACUCAUCUGGCAACCCACAUAUGUACUCCGAACCAUCAGAUGAUGAAAUUGAGAUCCUCCGGGCCCUCAGCGAAAGAUGGUUCUCCUGACCUGGGAGAAGACGCUCCUCUGCUCACAACAUGAACCUCAACAAGGACUUUGUUUUCCCCCCUUUUUAAGCCGUCAGUUCUCAUUCAAACAGGCAAGUUGACUGUGAUUACACUGAUAUGCACAUCAAUGUCCUGGAGGACAACAGAAAAGUCUGUGAUAUUUUCUCUAUAUAUUCUAUAUAAGUUUUAGAGAGACGACAGUGAUGAUGAAUAAAUAUUUCCCAAUGCUCGUGGGGCUCAGAUGAAAACACUGACUUUUCAUUUGACCUGGCUCUCUGCUUGGUUUCAGUAGGAGAAAGUGUUUUAUGAUAUUUCACCUGGCUCUCUGCCUCUGAUGUUGCUCUGUUCCAAAUGAGAUGCUUUUUCAAACUUUUUUUCACCUCACUAUUGAGCUCACAGUUGCGUUCACUGACCUACCAAACCACCAAGGAACAAAAAAACUUAUGUCGAGGAAAGUUUAUAGUUUUCAAGUUUAAUCUAAAAUUCACAAAACUUAGAGCCAUAAAUUUAAAUGGAAUUGUGUUUCAUCCACUGGCCACACUUUCUGGUAAAACAUAAUCUCCUCACUUCCAUAGGGAAUGGUUUGACUGGGUGCUGAAGGUACAGUCAACGUAUUUCCACAGUGCAGCAGUCUUCAAUACAUGUUGAUGUUUUUGUUCAUAGCUAAAAGCCAAAUAUUCACAUAAAGGCAGAGCCACAUGCUCAUUUAGCUUUCCUUCAUUUUACAGCAAUAACAACUGCACAUUUUGGUUCCUCAAAUACAGCUAACACUCAAGGAAAAUAUAAAGUCCCAAGAAUGUUACUUAAAGAUUUAAAGAUAUGAUGAACUAACACUGUCUGGCCUCGGAUCUGGUGGAUUCCUUCACGCUGUUGGAUCACAGAGGCUACCUGGAAACUAAGAAAUGUUUCCUUGCACAUAGUAACAAUACCAACUUCUGUGUUCUUCUUGUAAAGAAUCAAAGUCCCACCUCUUCAACAAGUAAUAUCCACAGUGUCUGUGGGCUUGAAACCAGCAGAUUAUGUUAACCCAAACAUCCAAAGCAGAUUUCUGCAGAAAGGCACUGGUGCAUGGGUCACUAUGAGCCACUUUUACCAUUAAUAUUGUAUAUCAUUUCCCCACAAAAUUCAACAAACAAAAAUACGUUUAUAUGAGGAUUAUCUAGAUGUGGCAGAGUCAUAUAAUCUUGUUUUAUUUAAGUUGUUUUAACAGUUUUUUUGUUUAAUUUAAUUUAUUUUAGCUCAUCUUAAUAGGGGUGGAUAGCUUUUACGUGUUGGGAGAAAUUAGGGAUGCACCGAUACCGGAUUGGAUAUCGGGCUGAUACUGACUCAAAUAGUUGGAUCGAGUAUCGGUGACAAUGGGGCCGAUCUAUUCAAUUAAAUUUUAUGUUUAUAUACUACAUACAUUAUAUACUGGAAUUUUAAUUCCUGUUUAAGUUUUGACCAAUUUGUUGCUGCAAUAAAAAGCUUUACACUUGAGUUGUAAUUCUUGUUAACUUUGAAGAUAUUUAACCUAAUUGCUGGUGUACAAUUUAUUAUUUUAAUAAUAAAUAACAAUUCAGUAAAUUUAUAUCUAUGUAUGUAUUUGUUACAUUUUGUUUUACAAAGUUAGGAAAGCAAUGUUUAAGUCUUAAGUGUAAGCCAGAUGUUGCUUUACACAUAAAAUAAUGAUCCCAGUCACUUCCACACAGUGAGGCAUACAGCAGCUUAUUAAUUAAAGACUGGUAUCGGAUCGGUACCCAAAUUCCAGGUAUCGCUAUCGGGACUGAAAAAGUCGGACCGGUGCAUCCCUCUGAGAAAUGUUCUUUUGUUAUUGAUUCAUGCUUUUAGCCCUGAUCCUUCAGGCAGUCCAUUGUUUGGUAAAGUAGCAGCACUAAGCAGAUGCCUCAUUCAAUUAUUGGUGCGCUUUUGAUAAAAUGCAUUUAAAGUCUCAGUUAUCUGAGGACAGAGAACCUGCAGAGCUCUCAGUAAGUUACUGUGACAACAGUGUGGCAACAGCAAGAUGAUUUUUUGGGAAAAUACCAGUGUCAUACGUGAGCUAUGGCUGUUGGUUAAAGGUUUGUAGCAGCUGAUAAAGAAUCUCUCUCUAAAUGGGAUAAAAAAAAUACAGUAAAACAUGUAAUACAUUAUAUUACAUUAUGCAGUGGUUGUUACUUCUAAUGUUUUUUUUUCAUAUGUGACAUUAUCCGGCAAUUAUUUCAUUAUCAGCUGCUACAAGGUUU